CCAUUCGGAGGAAGGAGAACGGCUGGUACGAUGAGGAGCACCCGCUCGUCUUUCUGUUCCUGGGAUCCUCUGGAAUAGGUAAAACGGAGCUGGCCAAGCAGACAGCCAAGUACCUUCAUAAGGAUGUCAAAAAGGGCUUCAUCAGGCUGGACAUGUCGGAGUUCCAGGAGAGGCAUGAGGUUGCCAAGUUCAUCGGCUCUCCCCCGGGCUACGUGGGCCACGAGGAGGGUGGGCAGCUCACCAAGAAGCUGAGGCAGUGCCCGAACGCCGUGGUGCUCUUCGACGAGGUUGACAAAGCCCACCCAGACGUCCUCACCAUCAUGCUCCAGCUCUUCGAUGAGGGCAGGCUGACGGAUGGGAAGGGGAAGACCAUUGACUGCAAAGAUGCCAUCUUCAUCAUGACCUCCAACGUGGCCAGCGAGGAGAUCGCCCAGCACGCCCUGCAGCUGCGGCAGGAGGCCCUGGAGAUGAGCAAGAAGAGGAUUGCAGAAAACCUGGAGGAUGUCCAGAUGACUGACAAGAUCACCAUCUCCAAACAGUUCAAGGAAAAGGUCAUUCGCCCCAUCCUGAAGGCUCACUUCAAACGUGACGAGUUCCUGGGCAGGAUCAAUGAGAUUGUCUAUUUUCUGCCCUUCUGCCACUCGGAGCUCAUCCAACUCGUCAACAAGGAGCUGAACUUCUGGGCCAGGAAGGCCAAGGCAAGGCACAACAUCACCCUGCUCUGGGACAGGGAGGUCAUGGACGUGUUGGCUGAUGGCUACAACCUGCACUAUGGAGCCCGCUCCAUCAAACACGAGGUCGAGCGGCGCGUGGUGAACCAACUGGCUGCUGCCUACGAGCAGGACCUGCUGCCCCAGGGCUGCACCCUCAGGAUCGUGGUGGAGGACUCGGACAAGCAGCUCCUCAAGACCAAGGAGAGCUCAUCCCCAGGAGCAGAACCAGGCAAGGUCCCCACCCUGCGCCUGGAGAUCGUGGAGAAGGACAGCAGAGCCCGCAAGCUGGACAUCCAGGCUCCCCUCAGCCCCGAGAACAUCACCUACUUCCUGUAG